AUGCAUGCUCCUGCUGGCGGCUGCCAGCAUGCAUAUUUGUCACAUCUGCGAUCGGCUCAAGCUUGGGCGUGGCGCUUCUGCAGCGCCUCAGCCCAAGAGCUGGGUGGACCUGUCCCCCCACCAGCUACAAUGAGGUGGGCACUGCUGGCAUUGCUGCUUGCACAAGGUGUGGCCUUCAAGGCCGAGCUUUCAAAGCAAGCUCCAGCUCACCAGGCAGAGCAUGCGCAGCUGCCUGUGGAUUCCUUCGUGUCCAGAUGGUCCAAGCAACAGAAGCACUUGAAGGAUGUUGAGGACAUGGACUACUUCUGGGGAAUGCCAAAGUUUGCCUGGGUGGUGGUCUUUGAUGUCAUUGCUUGCAUCUUCUACGUGCUGGGGAUGAAGAGUGUGACUAUCCUGGCGCGGAAGAGACCGGAGGACCAGGAUUGUAUGCCGAUGCAUGAUGAAGAUCUAUUUUACAACACGAGCUGCACAUAA